GCCCUGCUCAGGGCCCCAACUCUUUGUGCUAGGUUUAAGUCUGCAAACUUCAAUUUUUGCUCAUCUCUCAGCUAAGCUGUUGGAUACAUGUUGUUCUCUGAGCCUGAAUUGUUCAAAACAUUGUCACAGCCAAGUAGUUGAGGAUCUGGUAGAAUUGAGCUAGUCUCAGUCAUUCAGGUUGCUGGGAGCUGAAAGUGACUUGGUCCUUCGUAUUCUCCCCACCCCCUUUUCUGGGAGCUGGUGGCUCAUGUUUGCAUUUUUCCCAGGUGCCUGAUUGGGUCCAGAAAUGGGAUGCCAAGCCUUCACGAGGAGCGCCACUUUGAGCUGCUGGUGUGACAGCAAGUGACUAAGCUGCCAGAGAAUGUCCACUACUACAGCGGCUGCCCCCACGGGGAUCCCGGCAGUCCCGGGCCCCGUGAACCCUCCCCCACCAGAGGUCUCCAACCCCAGCAAGCCCGGCCGAAAGACUAACCAACUGCAGUACAUGCAGAAUGUAGUGGUGAAGACACUCUGGAAACAUCAGUUCGCCUGGCCUUUCUACCAGCCUGUGGAUGCAAUCAAGCUGAACCUGCCUGAUUAUCAUAAAAUAAUAAAAAACCCAAUGGACAUGGGGACUAUCAAGAAGAGACUAGAAAAUAAUUAUUAUUGGAGUGCCAGUGAGUGUAUGCAGGACUUCAACACCAUGUUUACAAACUGUUAUAUUUAUAAUAAGCCCACAGAUGAUAUAGUGCUAAUGGCCCAGGCCUUAGAGAAAAUAUUUCUGCAGAAAGUGGCCCAGAUGCCUCAGGAGGAAGUUGAACUAUUGCCCCCUGCUCCAAAGGGCAAAGGCCGGAAGCCAGCUGCAGGAGCCCAAAAUGCAGGUACACAACAAGUGGCAGCUGUAUCUUCGGUCUCCCCAGCAACCCCCUUCCAGAACAUACCCCCCACUGUAUCCCAGACACCCGUCAUUGCCGCCACCCCUGUACCAACCAUCACUGCAAACGUCACGUCAGUUCCAGUCCCCCCACCCGCUGCACCGCCUCCUCCUGCGACACCCAUCGUCCCUGUGGUCCCUCCCACACCGCCUGUAGUCAAGAAAAAGGGCGUGAAGCGGAAAGCAGACACAACCACACCCACAACAUCCGCCAUCACUGCCAGCCGGAGUGAAUCUCCCCCGCCACUUUCAGAGCCCAAGCAAGCCAAGGUAGUGGCCCGAAGGGAGAGCGGGGGCCGCCCCAUCAAACCUCCCAAGAAGGACCUGGAAGAUGGUGAGGUCCCACAGCACGCUGGUAAAAAGGGAAAACUGUCUGAGCACCUGCGGCACUGUGACAGCAUUCUCCGGGAGAUGCUAUCCAAGAAGCACGCUGCCUAUGCGUGGCCCUUUUACAAGCCAGUGGACGCGGAGGCACUGGAGCUACAUGACUACCAUGACAUCAUCAAGCACCCCAUGGACCUCAGCACAGUCAAAAGGAAGAUGGAUAGCCGCGAGUACCCAGAUGCACAGGGCUUCGCUGCUGACAUCCGGUUAAUGUUCUCGAAUUGUUAUAAGUACAACCCUCCAGACCACGAAGUGGUGGCCAUGGCCAGGAAGCUCCAGGAUGUGUUUGAGAUGAGGUUUGCCAAGAUGCCUGAUGAGCCCAUGGAGGCACCUGCGCUGCCCGCUCCCACAGCCCCCAUUGUGAGCAAAGGGGCUGAGAGCAGCCGCAGUAGCGAGGAGAGCUCUUCGGAUUCAGGCAGCUCAGACUCAGAAGAGGAGCGAGCCACUCGGCUAGCUGAGCUGCAGGAGCAGACUGGCUGCGGAGCCUUCCAGGAUCAGCUGUUGAAUGUCUCCUCUGUGCAGCUGAAGGCCGUGCACGAACAGCUGGCUGCCUUGUCUCAGGCCCCAGUGAACAAACCAAAGAAGAAGAAGGAGAAGAAGGAAAAGGAGAAGAAGAAGAAAGACAAGGACAAAGACAAAGAGAAGGAGAAGCACAAGGCCAAGUCCGAGGAGGAGAAGAAGGCCAAGGCAGCUCCAGCAGCCAAGCAGGCCCAGCAGAAGAAGGCUCCCACCAAGAAGGCCAAUAGCACAACCACAGCCAGCAGACAGCUCAAGAAGGGCGGUAAGCAGGCGUCUGCGUCCUACGACUCAGAGGAAGAGGAGGAGGGCCUGCCCAUGAGCUAUGACGAAAAGCGGCAACUCAGCCUGGACAUCAACCGGCUGCCCGGCGAGAAGCUAGGCCGUGUGGUGCACAUCAUUCAGUCUCGGGAGCCCUCGCUGCGGGACUCAAAUCCAGACGAGAUUGAGAUUGACUUUGAGACCCUGAAGCCAACCACGCUGCGGGAGCUGGAGAGAUAUGUCAAGUCUUGUUUACAGAAAAAGCAGAGGAAACCAUUGUCAACAAGUGGGAAGAAGCAGGCAGCCAAAUCAAAAGAGGAGCUCGCUCAGGAGAAGAAAAAGGAGCUGGAGAAGCGGCUACAGGAUGUCAGUGGACAACUGAACAGCAAAAAACCCACUAAGAAAGAGAAGUCCGGCUCAGCUCCCUCAGGAGGCCCAUCAAGGCUCAGCAGUAGCAGCUCCUCUGAGUCUGCGAGCAGCAGCUCCAGUGGGUCCAGCUCCGACAGCAGUGACUCAGAGUGAACUCGGACUGGAACAGAGCUGGACAGAUGGACGUGGCGCACGCCAACACAGUGUCCCCUCCUAUGGUUAAUAUACUUUCGUUCCAUGGUGUGCAGGUUUUCUUUUACUUCAGUGUUAUGAUCUCUUCCAGCUGGGCUCCGGUAGGGCGGAGAGCCUCACACGUGCACCAGACCCCACGAGCGGCCAAGCUCUGCGGGUGGAAUGCCUUUGCCGCUCAGUUUAGUUGUUUGGAGACUGCGCCUGGGACACGGCGGGCUGGAGGCGUGGCUGGACCUGCCCGAUCCCUCCUCAGGUCCAGCCUCUCCCUUAGUAACUUGAAGGAAGCUGUGCAAGGGUGUUUCUCUGGAAUGGGUUCUGCAUUUCAAAGCUGUUAGAACACUAACCAGCAGGUUACUUCUGUCUGCAGGGGCUGAAGACAGAUGUGUCAGCCCAUGGGAACCAGCCUGGGCCCUAGUGGAGGGUCCUGGUAGCUGCAGACCAGAGCCUCAGCUCUGGGUUGGGUGUGGAGAAGAGGGGUGCUGAGUUCCCUGGUCUUUUGGCUGUGUGUGCAGCGUGCAGUUUUCGGGACACUGAAACUUUUACCUCAACUUAAGGGAAUAAAAACAAACAAAAAAAGAUUUAAAAAAAAAAAAAAAAACAACUUUUUUGUAAGUUCAUCCAUUUUCUACAGAAGUCCAGCCCAGUGUCCCCACUUUGCUAGUGCUGCCCGGCUGCCACCGCCUAACGCUCUGAACCACCUCCCCAGUUUUAUGUAUAUAUAAAUACUUUAUUUAUUAACAUCAUUGGUCAUUUUUUAAAAAACGAAAAAGAAAAAAAAAGAAGAGAAAAAGAACCAUAAAUAAGUGCAUUGAGAGAAACAUUGAGGAUGCAGGCCUCUGGCAACAAGGAGACUAGGCCCGUGGCGGUGCGCCCCUGGUGCUGGUGCUCAUCAUGGCUGGCUUCUCUGGGCUCAUUGGCUUUUUUUUUGUUUUGUUUUGUUUUUGUUUAAAUGAAAUUUGGGGACUUUCCAAUCGUAGACACCCUUCAGCUGCAGCACAUCUUCAUCUUAUGUUAUCUGUUCGGUUUUUUCUUACUAACUUCUGGUCUUUUAAAAGACAUCAACGGAGGGAACCUCGGUUCUUCAACACAAGCUUUGUAUGUAAGCGGAGAGAAAAGUCAUGUAUAUCAGGCCUAGGUCUUGACAUUUAAUUUUCUAUUGUAAAAAGUAAUAAUAUACAGAGUUUAACAGAGUCCUGUUCGGUUUGUUGAUUUUUGAGGCUACCGGAUGGUUUUGGAAUGCAGGGUCAGCCUGGAUUAGCUCUGAGCAUUGUGGCCUCAGCUAGGAGCACACAGGCCAGGCUCCCUCCUGGGCCUGGAAGCGCCUGCCACUGCGGUGUGCAGAGGCUUUCCUUGACCUGGCUACUUACAACACGGGUGGGUCCCUGUGCAAGCAUUUCCAGUUAGCCCAGAAGAGACUGGUUCUCCUGACCCCUACUUGAGAGCGCCAAUUGCAGGGCCUGUGUUGUAUGGUUUUACUUGCAGGGGAGGGGGUUGGUUCUGCAGUUUCUUCCAUUGCUCCUGGGCAGAGCCAAGGACUCGUCCUCACCGUCCCUACAUGGGGGGAGAUAUUUAAGAUUUCUAAAGUCGAUCCCACCAGCCCUCGAUGUAGACAGGCAGUGGGUGUCAAGCUCGGGAAGUAGCUGGCUGGCUAGCUGGCAUGUCUAGACGCCUGGUGAGUAUCAGCCAGUUAAACUUGUAAGCCAGUUUUGUUUAUAAUAAAGAUAUAAGUGGA